UUGUAUUUCUGUUGACUUAGCGUACAUUUGCAUUUCUGAGAUGCCGGCGACUAAUGUUGAGGCGUAUCAACUAUAAAUGAAAAAGACGAACUCUGGAGUAGCACAGUUUGGCCGCAGACUCCGACACAAACACCAUCAUGUCACUGCCAUCGAAAAUCACACUGGGAGCCGCUGUGGUUAUAUCGAGCGCCAUUAUAGGUUAUGUACACUACAAACAGUCCGAGGACCGCCUGAAACUGCACGAGGGCGUGUUGCGCGACAUAGAGCAGCAGCAGCGCCGUAAAAAUGAGAACAUAUACACACUGCAGCAACAAAGUGAUAUGGCCAAACAACUGAAGCAGUUGGAGGGUUCUGGCCGUCAGGGACAAAUGCCUAAUCCGCCGGUUGAGGCAGAUAAAUCACGUUCCAAUGCACGUCUUGAUGUGGAAGCUGCAGCGGUGCAGUCGGAUGAAGCACCGGGAGAGACGGCCGAUGCCAGCUCUGAGGCACAGCCAGUAUCUGAGGAGCCAAUCGCAAAAGACGAAAUACAACAACAACCUCCUGAAGCGUCCUCUUAGGCCAAAAGUGCAUACAAAUCCGUAGCAUUAAAUAGAGAACAGAAAAAACCAUAAAAUAUGUUGUUGAGCGACGCCUAAAAAAGCAAAUCUGUACCAUUAUAUUACUCAAGUUUUAUUAUUACGACGAAUGUGUGUAUAAGUAAUUACAAAUCUAAUGGGCGCUCGGUAAAGUAA